GUACGAAUCUGUGCUUGCACGGAGGAAGUCUGAGGCCUAGAGGUACGCUGCUGCCACCAGCCAUUUUGAUCUGGUAGGACUGUGCACCUGAAGAAUGCAGCUCGGCUUUUUUUUUAUCCGACCACAAUCUGGUCAAAUCUGAGUGGCGUAUGAGUAGAAGGGUUGAGAAUCUUGAGAUGCUUCACGGUGUUUGUGUCAAGGAGAUGAGGGGAGUAUUUACAGAUACCGUGGCUGCCGCCAAGGCUCAGCAGGAGGUAGCAGAGGCAGAACGUCAGCGGCUGGCCAAUGAGGCGGCAGCCCAAGCUCAGCAGACUCCUGAGGCUGACGCAGCGGCACGAGACCAACGGAAUGCCGCCAGUACGGAGUCCCUGAUUCAUAGUGAAAGUCAGUGGACAACGUUCCUCCAAGGCAUGAUCUUUGUGCCUUCGGACGCGCAGGCAGAUCCGACACCGGCGGAGGCAGAGAGGACUCACCUGGCUAACUUGAUGCUGGGCAUGAUGAGAGGCAUCAUGUGGAAUAACACACUGUUGCAAGCACAUCUGCGCACGGAACGACAACAGCGACAAAAGUACCAGCAAGACAUUGCUGUUUUAACAACUGCCAUCCGCGUCGAAGCAACGCAGCAGCAGCAACAACAUCAGCUGUUGAACUCCGCUCUCGCACGCAUCAACAGCAUGGAGGCUAACGCCUCAGCAGCGCCAGGCUGCACGACAGACGCUACGAAGCAACUCAAUGAGCGCAUCGAUCACGUCGUCACCAUCAUUGGCGACAUAGGUGUUUUCAGUAGGCCGGACACGAUCAGUAGCACAGUGGCCGCCAUCAAGACGGACAUCACCAAGCUGCAGACGAGACCGAACGCCGCUACAAAGACUUACAAGAUGCCGCACUUCGACAUCAGCAAGUUUGACGACUACAACAAGUCGGACGCCUUGACAUGGUGGCAACGUUUCCUCACGAAAGCAUAAUGCCGCACUGUCCCGGCAGACGACAUGAUGAAGGCACUCUACUUGCAACUAAUUGGAGGAGCGCAGGCUUGGAUGAACCAUCUGGCGGCUACCAACAAAUGCACCAUCGCCGA